AUGCAGGCCGUUCCCACUCUCGUUGGAACCGGCACUGCCGUUGCUGCGGCGGCCACCGGCUUGGUCUUUGGCCAGUCCUCGGAACCCAACCCUCCCGCCGCCACGGCUCGGGGCGCAUCGCACACGAGGACGAUAUCGACCGACCGCGUCGUCGACCUGGACGCGUCCUACCGACCAAGCUCCAGCUUCUCCCCCGCCCGACCCGCCACGACGUCGGCCACGCCGUCCAUCACAGCCGACUACUCGUACCCCCCGGCGCUGUCUCCGCGCGACACUGUGUCUAGGCCGCCAUUGUCCCGCUACCAGCGGCCGCACUCCUCGCAGCUCUCGUCUCCGAGAGGUUCCGUCAGAAGGCAUUCGUUCUUGAGGCACCACGGCGACCUCUCCCCGCUGGCUGUGGCCGAGGAAUCGAGGGAGUCUCUGGCGUCCAAUGGCUCCUGGAUGAGACGCCUGUCGAUGCGUCCGCUCUCCCAGCACGGCGGCAGCAACAGAUCGAGCACAAUUGCCGACUCGACGUCGGUUGCCUACUCGCUCAGCUCGACAUCUCCCAUCCUGGCUCGGUCAAGUUCCACGGCGCCGCCCCUGCCGCCGAACAAGCUCGUCAAGCGGGCUCCCUCUACGCGCCCGGCCGAGCAGGGAGAAUCGCCAGCCCGCCGCUCCAAGGGACACUUGCCUACUCUCCGUCGACCGGCCACGAGCCAUCAGAGGUCCGCGACCCUCCAGCAGUUCCGGGCGGACAUUGACGUGGCCGGCUCUGCCGCGCACCCCAAGUAUUCGUUUGAGCAGCCAAUCUGCCCGGAGGAACUGCUUGGAGCGUCACCCGUUGACAGGAUACCCGCUACGCAAGCCUGGUCCGCCUGGAAGUCGUUCUUUCACCUCAGACGGGCGGCCAACUCUGCCAGCUCUGGCUCACCCGGGGACAGCAGCCCAUCUGCAGCAAACUCCAGCAUAGCGAGGAUCUGCCCCGAUAGAGGGCUGCGGCAAAGAGCCUACCUGCUGAAGCCGAGCAUGAUUUCCGCACCGCUGGCGCCCGGCAUCCCGCCGAUGCCGAUGAGAGCAGAGGAUGAGGUCGGGCGACACCCGCCCGCUGACACACCCAAGACUCUUAAGCCUUCGCCGGAAAUCAUCGCCGCGCCGCCGACGCGGACCAAGCGAUCCCUCUCGGCCAGCCUCUCGACGGCAGCCAACAACUGGGUAUUGAAGACGUCUGGAAGCCUGCGUCGGCCAAAGCGAGGCGUUGAGCAGCACAAUGACCAGGGCGGGAAUAAGCGGCACGUGUCAGCCCCAAGUAGCGGCUCGCCGCCAGCCGUGGUGCAGCACCAGCAACAGCACUACCACCACCAAGGGAGCAAUACGCCCGAGAAAUCAGCAAGCGCCCCGAUCGCCCCAACCGCGCAGGGGUCGACACUUGGCUCAGCUGCCUCUGUCCAGCAACCAUCCCAUAAAAGAAACACAUCCUCCCCACUGCCCCCGCUUUCCAUCUCGAGUUCUGCCGCUGGAUUCCAUGACGAUUUAUCGCGUUCCGGCGGGGCUCGUCACGGUCGGCCUAACCAGCCGUCCGGCAGCUCAACCAGUUCCGCUGCCAUGUCGCAGCUGAGAGGAUCGCACUACGAGCGAUGCUCCGUCUUGGAAAGCUCAGACGGCGACGGCCGCGGCUUCACGUCGGGUGACGAGGACGACACUGACUUCAAGAGCGACACCGUUUUCGAUUCGCUGCGGACCCUCUCCUCCGGCCGCGUGAGGGCGGUGGAGACGCCGCUCGAAUCCGUGUACGACGAGUCGCCGCCGAGCACGGCCGGCAACGGCAGGACCAAGCGCCUCUCCAUCCACGAGAUGCUCGGCGGUCGCGGCUGGGAUGGCGGCAUCAAGAUCAUGGAGGAAGAGGACGAGACCUCGUCGACGCCGGUCCGUGCCACCAAACACGCGGGGACUAGCUUCCCUCUCGACGCCCGCGCGGACGAGCCCCGUUUCAGCCUAGAGUCGUCGCACAAUGCUGUUUCACAACCGGCCAGGGACCUGGGUCGCUUUUCGAUUGACGACGACUUUGACGAGGAUUGGACCAGAGACGACGACGGCCCAUUUAACGCCCUCUCACCCCCGUCACAGGGCAACGGCAACUCGCUCACUGCCAGGGGCAUGAACCCCAACGUGCGUCUCGCCCUGGCCAGUAUCGAAGGCGACGCCGCGCCGCGGCUGAGAGGCGACGCCUACCGCAACGAGCGCCCGCUGAGCAACCUGUUUGAUUGGAGUGAGCCGCCCGCGCACGACAAGCAGGACAGUAACGGGACUGGCUUGCGCCCCAAGACGUCGUACGCCAUGCCCGAAGCAGACUUGAGAGGCGGCCGUUCCGCCACGCGAAAGGUUCCCGCGCCGCUGCACGUUCGAAGCCAGAGCGUCCCCGUCGUCCACGACUUCAAUGACGAGUCGAAGCCCAUGGGUGCCAAGUACGGCACCUGGGGCAUGGGCACCAAGACCGUCUCUGAGGACUGGGACGAGGACUUUGAGUUUGGCGGGGCCAACAGCGACCACGACGGCAAAGGCGCCGGCGAGGUGUUUGCCGUUCCCGAGUCGAUCCGUGCGACGCAGCCGAGCGUCAGGGCGCAUUCGGGCCAGAUCCGCGAGCUGUCGCUCCUGGUCAAUGACCUGAAGCGCCUCUGCCGCCACGGGCGCGAACUGAACAUGCUCAGCGGAGACCAACGAGGACUGUGGAAGGAGGCCGAAGGCAUCAUCGCUCUCGCCUCUCCGGAUGAGGACGACGUCAACGAAGACCACCAAUCCAUCGCGUCCGCCACCAACACGGACGGCUUUGAUAUCAACGAGCGUCUCGUCGAAGAUGGCUACGACGCCGCCUCGCUCGACCGCCUCGACGCCGCCAUUGACAGCCAAGAGCCGGCCAUGUCGAGGACGGCCGUUGUGCGAGAGCGGCAAUCUCCUCGGCGCCGGUCCGUCUUCUCUCCAGAGGACGACAUCUUCGGGGGCAGCCUGCCGCUGCCCGAUGGCGACCCGCACUCCAACCGACCCAGUCGGCCACGGACGCCAGAUAACCGACCGCCCAAGCCCAACGACGUCACCGGCAUGGUCCGAUCGGUCAUGGAAUCCGUUCAGAACCAUCGUCCGCCUCCGGAACCGAUGCCUUCGCCCCGGAGCAAUGGCAACUCCCGUGUGCACUUUGACACCAAUAGUCUGAAGGCACUGGUCAAGCGAGCCGGCGAAUUGCGCGACAUAUUAUCAGACAGCAUCCGCAGAGAAGACCAAAUCACCCAGAGCCCUGCGAGAACACCGCGACACGAGCGUCGUCUGGAGUCUAGCCCUGCCUUUACCCGGGUCUUUGACGACCCGGGCUCCAGUCCACCUCGGCGCAGCGCCCUCAAGAACCGCACUACAGCCUCCAUCAUGGAGAGUCAAACCCCGGAAAAGUCGCCAUCCUCCGGCAUGGGCCGGCGUGUUCCGAUGAUGACCGUGAGCUAG